UACCAAUUUUUAGGUGCUUGAUAAGAAUAGGCCUCGGUCAAGUUAGGAAGGUGAAAAUGGCUGCGCGAAGAAUAUCUAAGUCUGCAAUCGACUGGAUGGCUUUUUCGGAACGAAUUCCGGAAGCUCAAAGAACGAUAUAUCAAGCCUUUAAGUCUAAAUCAGAUGGAUAUGUAAGGAAAGUAUGGAGUUACCCUGAAAACCCUCCAGCAAUAGACUUUUCCUUCUAUCGGGCUCGUGUGGCUACGCCUGCCAUUGUAGAUGAAUUUGAAAAGACUUAUAAAGCUCUGAAGGUACCUUACCCAUCAGAAAAAGUCACUCCACAGAUUGAUGUCCAAGAGAAAGAAGCACAAAAGGAAGCACAAGAGUUUGUCAAAGAAUCCAAUAACAGAAUAGAGGAAUAUAACAAACAGCUUGCAUGGUUUAAAAACCUUAUUCAAUUUGACCACAUGACAAUGGAAGAUUUCCGAGAUUCUUUUCCAGAAAUUGCACUGGAUCCUAUAAACCGACCAACCUUCUGGCCACACGAUCCUAACGAGGAGAAAGAAAUGGCAGAGCUGGAAGCUCAGAAAGAACACCAUUAACCUAAUUAUAUCUUAUAGGUGGUCUUCGAAUCAAGUGUUCUCAACUUGAUAUUUAGAUUGAUAUAGUAUUUAGCUUGAAGAAGGUUCUAUUAGAAGAUGUUUGUCUUAUGGUAAAUCAAGUAUUUGUAGCAAGAAUAAUAAUAAAGACUUGUUUGUUAAAUGUUA